CGGAAAGAAGUAAAAAAGGAGGCAAGAUACUCCCCAGCCCUCGCUUUAUUUCCUUUUUUAAGUUUGUGUGUUUUCAAAACAGGCCUGAUGGCUGCCACUGGCUUUGGAUGAAGACCUACAGAGUGACAUCCUACACCCUGUAAAAAGAAGGCCAUGCGUGUCACACUGCGGCCUCGUAGUGGUUGCCUGGUACUGUGUCUGUGCCUGUCUGUGGUCACCCUGCUGCUACAGAGCCUCUGGGUCCCACUGGAGAUGACCAGGGAUGAUCCUGCAGGGAGCUCACCUGAGGACCUGGGUCAGCGUGUUCUUGGCUUUCGUAGCCUGGCUCUUCGCUUGGAGGCUUUGAGCACUCAGGUACAGAGACUGAGCAGAGAGAAUGAUGGCACCCAGAUGACCAGGAAUGAUCUCACUUUGCUACUGCAGAGCUUCAAACAGGACCAGCAAGGUUUGACUCGCUUGGUAGAAAGAGAGCUGAAGAGAGUAUCGCGGAGGCUUGAUCAGCUCAGCCGUCAUCAACAACACCACCAUCAAGCUCAAGCCCCAACACCGCUUGAUAACCAUAGACCACAGACAGGACCCAGCGAGAAGUGUGAGGUGCCAGUGGAUCCUGCGUAUCCAGUGUGUGCAGAGAAAGUGGAGUUCCUGCAAGCCCAGUGGCAGUCAGACCCCUGUUAUGCUUUUUAUGGAGUGGAUGGUACCACUUGCUCCAUACUGAUUUACCUCAGCCAGAUAGAGGACUUUUGUCCUCCUCAUGAUGGAAGAAACCUCUCUACACUGCCAUGGCAUCAGAGACCUCAUUUUCAUACAGUGAAGGCUGAGAUACGUAAAUCCCUACUCCCGCUGUACGAAGUGAUCCGUGACAACAGCAGCCUGGCAAUGAAAUUUAUCCGGUCCAGAGUGGAAAGAAUGUCUGAACAGUGGAUACAGGCUGGUCUGAGGAUGAAAGAGAGCAGCAGCAAGGCAGUCUCUACACAGAUGAGGGUGCUGCUUUAUCCUGGUGUCCUUGCUGGGAAUGUUGGCCAGCAUUUUGAAGCAAUGGUGGAAAGAGGCGGUCCUUUAGGAGAACUGGUUCAGUGGGCCGACCUCAGUGCCUGCUUAACAAUCCUUGGCCACAACCUGACCUUCAGCACCUCGCGUCACCAACUCCACAGCCUGAUAGGUGCUGCUCCAGGCCGAGGCAGCUGUCCAAUCCAAAGGCCCCUCACCUUUGACCUGAUUUAUACUGACUACCACGGCCUUGCUCACCUCCAAGGAGCCAUGGGACUGGCUUUCAAGCAUUACCAGUGCCGCUUCAGAAUCUUGGACUCAUUUGGCACAGAACCAGCCUUUAACUUAGCGCGUUAUGCACGUAGCCAUGGAUAUAAAACACUGUGGGGCAGCUGGGAUCUCCAACCUCUGCAGUACAUGACCAUGUUCCCUCACACUCCUGAUAAUUCCUUCCUGGGCUUUGUGAGCGAAGAGGCAGCGAGGACGGAGAACGAGCUCGAGCCAGUGAGCCACAGGAAAGACAGGAUAGCAGUGGUCUAUGGAAAACAGGACUACAUGUGGCAUGGUAAAUAUGAAUAUGUGAAAGUGAUCAGUGAAGAACUGGAGACUCACGCCACAGUCUAUCAGCCUCCAGGACACACCUCACAUCUGCCCAGCUUUAUCAGAAACCACGGCCUGCUCACUCAGGACCAAUUCCAACAACUUCUCCGCAGAGCCAAGUUGUUUGUAGGUCUUGGGUUCCCCUACGAAGGUCCAGCUCCUAUUGAGGCAAUAGGCCUGGGCUGUAUCUUCAUUCAACCGAGAUUUGACCCUCCACGCUCAUCAGACAAUAAUGACUUCUACAAGGGCAAGCCCACCACAAGACAGAUUUCCUCCCAGCACCCAUAUGCUGAGGAAUUCAUUGGUAAACCCUAUGUAUGGACUGUGGAUAUGACCAACGAGACUGAUGUACGAGAGGCCGUCAAAGCUAUUCUAAGAAGUGAGGUGAAGUCUUUCACUCCUCAAGAGUUCACUUGUGUGGGAAUGUUGAAGCGGGUCCACGGUUACAUCACUCACCAGAACUUCUGCAGUAAAUCCGUCCCUACUUGGCCACCAACAAGUGCUCUCAGGGUGCACCUCGGUCCACUGGGCCAGUCCUGUGUGAGUGUGUGUCAGCGCUCCUCUCUUUUGUGUGAGCCUGCUCUGUUUCACCACCUCAACACCCCAGCUGCAUUUACCAGACUUGGAUUAAGUUGCUCCAACAUGGUGCCAGAAGUCAACCACUUGUUUCCUUCCUACAGCCCUUGGGGUCGUCAGUGUGGACUUCAGCUGGAGCCCCUGCUUUUCAGUUGUGCUGGCUCUGACUUUUCAUACCGCAGACUGUGUCCGUGCAGAUCUCACCUAAUUGAAUAGAUUUCAGUCUGUCCCGACUACCCUUAAGUAACACUGAAAGAACUCAGGAAAAGCACCAAAGAGCCAUCUGCAAUGUGUACUGUACAGGUAAAGAUUCCCAGCCAAAGGGAAACAGCUGUCCACCAAAGCUAUUGAAAGCCUUGUUUGUGUAUGCCCUUUUAUUAAUAACACAAUCAAACCACAGACAUUACUCAGGAAGCAACAGUGACUGAAUGUCAUUUUCUUGAAGUACCUGAAAUGUUGAAGAACUGUGAAUCCAAGGCCUGACUUCCCUCAGCGUCAAGUGUUGCAGCAUCUUAAGGAAAAAGCCUUUGAAUACAAUCAAUAUGCACUUCAAGGAAAAUCUGUUUACCUGUGUUUAAAUUAAGUGGAAACUGGCACCAGUGAGUAUAAAGCAGUUCAAUUCACAUCAGUCCAUCUCCUGCUCUAGUCAAACGCAGUACAGUAUGCUUCAGUGUUAUGCAAAAUAAGUAUCUAAUUAUUCAUUUGCUUGCAAUAAUGUAUCACAGUGGCCAGUGCUGCAUGGGAUUACUACUCAUGUUGCUCCUUCAUGCUUUACUGGCUGCAGAUAUUAGCCUGGGGCCUUAAAGGAGAGCGGGUGACAGCCUAAGUGAUGAGGCUCAUUAUCGGAGUGAAUCAUGGAUGACCUCUGAAUCCAUUUGGGAGGUCAGAGCCGUAUGACCAUUAUUAUACUGUCAUCUAAACCAUUGGUUCCCAACCAUCUUUGACUGAGGAAACUCCCUCAACUCUGUUUAAAUCUAUGCCCCCCCACCACUAUAGGAAGAGACUCAUUUUUUGGCUUUCAAACACAUAUGUCAUUUAAACCUGGGAAAAAAGUCAGUUUAGGACAGAAUUAAUUGUGUGUUUUUUUAAAAAUAGAAUUUUAAAGCUUGAAAUGAUUUUAAUCACAACAAAUGACUCAUUGUGCACCGGGGUUCUUAUGGGCUCCAGUAUUAUUCCCCAAUUGCUUCAUGACUUACAGAUUUGUUGAGACCCCAAGGGUAGUUUACAAUCCAAGCUGAUACGAGCAAAAAUGGAAACCUUACAUACGUACAGUUAAUCAUUUCCAUUUUGAAAGUCUUAAAGAGUCGCACAGGCUUUUCUCGUCGUUUCUCCCGUUGCACAACUGCACGCGAAAGAAACAAAUGAUAACAACUAAAGGUGAAACUGCAGCUCACAGUCAGUGAUGAGGUGCUGCACUUACAUGGUACAGCUGUUAGCAAAGAUGGCUCCAACAAUGGCAACAAGCUGCUGUUUUGAGCUUGACUGAUGUGAGGUUUUUCUUGGAAGCAACACACUGAUGAAUGUUAACUGGCGGAAAAAGAGACCUUGUUUCUGCCUCAGUACACUUCAUGUGACCAGAACACGUUGCCACUCAGGGAUCAGACCGCUCAGGCCUGCGACAACAAGACUGGUUGACAAUAUGAUUGACUCGUAAAUGGCUGUGAAAUCGUCCACGGGAACAACAUUUGUGAUGACUUUGGUGGAUUUGGGGGAAUUUGUUUGGCUCUGUCAGAUGUCACUUUUGCAAAAUUAGCUGGACCUUCCAAAGAUGAUGGAAACGAACUUGCAUUUAAGUAAGGGAGGCUAUUUGGAACAAAGGAAAAUUAAAGUUGUUUUUGACUCAGAAGGACAUCUCUGAAACUAAUUUGUGGAAAAUAGUGUGUAAUUUCUGGAUGAGUCACAUUAACUCAUAUCAGUUACAUGUGUCAUGGCAUAUAAAAGCUGUCACUUCGGCUGAUAGCCGAGGGUUCAAACCAAGGCUUCGCAAACAAGCCAAAGUAUGUAUGGAGCAAGCAGGGACAAAGGUUGUAGUGUUCCACAUGGCUGCCUACCGACUUCAUGCUGAAUGGGUAUACGAGUGCAGAACUGAAACAGUCCAUAUGUCUGCCAGAAACCCAGUCGAUAGUGCUAGGCAGUUUGUGAUUUAGAUGAUCUAAUUGCAGUCAUUUGAGGUCUGUGGUUAUUGCUGCAAAUUGGAUUUGUGCCUCAGGUUCAAUAGUAUAGAUUAGAAAUCGAUUGCAAUCCAUUGUGAGGGCAACAAUUGUCCAAGCAAUAUCUGCACAUUUAGUGCUUGAGCUCGGUGGUAAUUCCAAGGUGUGUUGGGGCCCUAGGCAUUCAUCCCCAUUAUGCUAUAAAUAAUCUGACACCACCACCAAAAACACACAUUAUCCUAGGAAUGGCAGGAACCGUGUUUAUUGAAGUAAAGACCAAGUUAACUGGUUAUGAAGUGUUAAUACUUUAACUACUAGCAUCUACAUUCUUGUCAUCUUAAGUAAGCCUAGCUAUCAUGACAGUAAACUAAAUAGGAAAAA